CUUACUUGUAAUCGAUCUGAUUGCUAUUUUUAUCAUCCACCGAAACUAAUCAGAGAUAAAAUUGUCGCUAAACGACACGCACAAUAUCUUCGUGAAAAAGUAAUUCGUGACGCUUCGAAAUCUCGUAAACUUAAUGGUCUAUUAACGUUUGAGCAAAACAUAAAUGCUGGUAAUAAUAUUACAAGGAUUUCGCAAAAUAAACUGACAACAAAUAAAUCUUGUAAUCAAUCAGUAGUUCCUCAGGAGUUAAUUAGAAUAACGGAUAUUCAUUCAUCAUCAUCAGUUAUUAACAGAGAUAAUUUACAUAAUUUUUUACAUGACUGCCAUGCUGAUUCCAUACAGUUGACAAAUCCAACUCACCAUCUUCUACAACAACACUCACUCCCAUCCUCAUCACUUCCACUACAUCAAUCAUCACAGCUAAAUCAACAAACAAAUUUCAAUCCAUUCAUUCAAUGUGGUACAACAAAUCAGUCAAAUUCCCAUCUAAACCCCAACAGUAUUUCUUCAUACUUAUCAAAUAUUUUGUUGAGUAAUUUACUUUACAUCCCACCAUCUAGUAUUAAUUCAAGUUUAUUCCUACCUAAUCCUCGUCCAGUCCUAACAAAUACAACAAAAUCUCAAUUUCCCGAUAUAAAUCUGUUCUGUACACCAAAUCAAAUUGAUUACGAAAAGUUGUGCAAUCUAAUUUUCUUAAAUUCUACACCGUUAACACAGCCAAUUUAUUCGUCGAAUUUAACAACUUCAUGGUCUAAAUUAUUGGACACAUUGAUUAUGAAUAAUCCGUCAUUAUUCUUAGCUAAUAUACCACAAAAUACUACUAUACCAAUUAAUUCACACGCUAACUGUUUAACGUCUCAAUUCGUUGAUUCAAUCCUACCAUUCAAUUAUUUAUUGAAUGUACCAUAUUCAUCGACAACAAAUGAAAUAAACAAUACUUUACCAACAGCAUUAUUUCCUUUAAAUCAAGGAAUUGAAUUACUACCACAUGUAGGAAUGACAAAUACUGUUGAAAGUCAAUCUAAUAUAUCCUCCAUUAGUUAUUCUUCAGCAAUUUCACAAUCAUAUGUAAUGUCAUCGCCCCCAUCAUCAUCAUUAUUACUAUCGAAUACACCGAUAAAUCCAGAGAUUCUUCUACAAAACUCUCAAUUCUUAAUACCAACCGACCAUACAUUAAAUGUGAAUUUAAACACUACUACAACAAAAUCAACUGUUAUAACUACAUCAAUAGGAUCACCAACAUCAUUAUCAACAACAACAACAACAACAACAAACAUUGUUUCCAUCAUUAAUUCUACUUAG